UCACACAGGGACAUCACCCUACAGCAGUUCAGGCUGUGGUUUGCAGGAAGCAUACAUUGGCUUUUUGAUUCGUGCUAGUUCCCAGCUCAGUUUGGGAGGCUCUAACGCCAGACUUCACGUGAAGGGGGAACCAAGGUCGGUGAGGAGCUGGGUGGUCCCAGCCCUGGAGCCCUGCCAGCCUGACAUGGGGCCCUGCAGAUGUCGCUGGAAAAGUGGUGAUCCAGGCACGACCAGGCUGCCCCCACAGGACAGAGAAAUGGAGGCCAACGACCAUUUUAACUUUACUGGCCUUCCCCCUGCACCUGCUGCCUCAGGACUGAAACCCUCUCCCUCCUCAGGGGAGGGCCUCUACACUAACGGGUCUCCCAUGAACUUCCCCCAACAAGGGAAAAGUUUGAAUGGGGAUGUGAAUGUUAAUGGCUUAUCUACUGUAUCUCACACUACUACUUCAGGGAUUUUGAAUUCUGCUCCCCACUCCUCUAGCACCUCACACCUCCAUCACCCCAACGUGGCCUACGACUGUCUCUGGAACUACUCGCAGUACCCACCUGCCAAUCCUGGCAGCAACCUCAAGGACCCACCCCUUCUCUCCCAGUUCUCGGGGGGACAAUACCCACUCAACGGCAUCCUUGGAGGCAGUCGGCAACCUUCAUCCCCAAGUCACAACACUAACCUUCGGGCUGGGAGCCAAGAGUUCUGGGCCAACGGUACCCAGAGUCCCAUGGGGCUCAACUUUGACUCACAGGAACUGUAUGAUUCCUUUCCUGACCAGAAUUUUGAGGUGAUGCCCAAUGGACCCCCUAGUUUUUUCACCUCCCCACAGUCUUCUCCCAUGUUGGGCUCCAGCAUCCAGACUUUUGCACCCUCCCAGGAGGUAGGGCGUGGUAUCCAUCCUGAUGAAGAGGCAGAAAAGGAGCUGACUUCAGUUGUGGCAGAGAAUGGCACUGGCUUGGUAGGCAGCCUGGAGCUGGAAGAAGAGCAGCCAGAACUGAAGAUAUGUGGCUACAAUGGCUCCAUCCCUUCUGUGGAAUCAUUACACCAGGAAGUCUCAGUCUUGGUCCCUGACCCCACAGUGAGCUGCUUGGAUGAUCCUUCACAUCUUCCUGAUCAACUGGAAGACACUCCAAUCCUCAGUGAAGUCUCUCUGGAGCCCUUUAACACCCUGGCACCAGAGCCCGUAAGUGGAGGACUCUAUGGUAUAGAUGACACGGAGCUGAUGGAUGCAGAGGACAAGCUGCCUCUUGAGGACAGCCCUGUGAUCUCUGCCCUUGAUUGUCCUUCCCUCAACAAUGCCACUGCCUUCAGUCUCCUGGCAGAUGACAGUCAGACUUCAGCCUCUAUCUUUGCUAAUCCCACCUCUCCACCUGUUCUUGGAGAGUCUGUGCUGCAAGAUAACAGCUUUGACCUGAAUAAUGGUAGUGAUGCAGAACAGGAAGAAAUGGAGACUCAGGCUUCAGACUUUCCACCACCUCUGACCCAGACAGCCCCUGACCAGUCAUCCACUGUUCAGCUACAUCCAGUGGCCUCACCAGCAGUCUCACCAACAGCCUCCCCAGCAACCUCCCUGGCAGUUUCUCCAGCAGCCUCCCCAGAAGUCUCUACAGAGGUCUCCCCAGCAGUUUCUCCAGCAGCCUCCCCAGAAAUCUCCCCAGCAGCCUUCCCAACAGUCUCUCCAGCUUCCUCACCAGCCCUCCCACCAACCUCCUCAGAAGUUUCCUUGUCGGCCUCCCUGGUUACCUCCCCAAAAGCAUCUACUACAGCUUCUCCUGCAGCUGUCUUCCCAACAGCCUCCCAAGCAAAUAAGGAUGUCAGCAGCUUCCCCGAAACUACUGCUGACUUGGAAGAGAUCACUGGAGAAGGAGUCACUACUUCUGCUGGUGGUGAUGUUCUAAGGAGAAGGAUUGCUACCCCAGAAGAAGUUCGUCUACCCCUCCAACAUGGGUGGCGGAGAGAGGUGCGCAUCAAGAAGGGCAGCCACCGAUGGCAAGGAGAGACCUGGUAUUAUGGCCCGUGUGGAAAGAGGAUGAAACAGUUCCCAGAAGUGAUCAAGUACCUGAACCGCAAUGUGGUACACAGUGUCCGCCGUGAGCACUUCAGCUUCAGUCCCCGUAUGCCUGUUGGAGAUUUCUUUGAAGAGAGAGAUACACCAGAGGGCUUGCAGUGGAUACAACUGUCAGCAGAGGAGAUCCCGUCCAGGAUUCAGGCAAUUACUGGGAAACGGGGCCGACCUCGAAACACUGAGAAGACCAAGAUCAAAGAAGUUCCCAAGGUGAAACGGGGCCGAGGUCGGCCACCCAAGGUCAAAAUCACUGAGCUUUUCAAUAAGACAGACAACCGCCUCCUGAAGAAACUGGAGGCCCCAGAAACACUGAAUGAGGAGGAUAAAGCAAAGAUGAGUAAAAUCAAGAAGAAGAUGAAGCAGAAGAUACAACGUGGAGAGUGUCAGAUUGCUAUCCAAGGGCAGGCCAGAAACAAGAGGAAGCAAGAGACCAAGAGCUUAAAGCAGAAGGAAGCUAAGAAGAAAUCCAAGGCUGAGAAGGUAAAGACAAAACAGGAAAAACUGAAGGAAAAGGUCAAGAAGGAGAAGAAGGAGAAGGUAAAAAUGAAGGAAAAAGAGGAGAUGGCCAAAACAAAGCCAGCUUCUAAAGCAGAUAAAACACUGGCCGCGCAGAGGUGCUUGGAGGAGCGGCAGAGGCAGCAGAUGAUCUUGGAGGAGAUGAAGAAGCCAACAGAGGAUAUGUGCCUGACUGACCACCAGCCUCUGCCUGACUUCUCACGCAUCCCUGGGCUGGUCCUGCCUAGUGAGGCCUUCUCAGACUGCUUGACCAUUGUGGAGUUCCUGCACAGUUUCGGCAAGGUGCUGGGCCUUGACCCUGCCAAAGAUGUACCUAGCUUAGGGGUCCUGCAAGAGGGACUCUUGUGUCAAGGCGACAGCGUGGGCGAGGUGCAAGAUCUGCUGGUUCGGCUCCUGAAGGCUGCACUCUAUGACCCUGGCCUUCCUUCUUACUGUCAGUCCUUAAAAAUCUUGGGGGAAAAGGUGUCGGAGAUCCUACUGACAAGAGACAACGUGUCUGAGAUCCUGCGCUGCUUCCUCAUGGCAUACGGAGUGGAGCCAGUCCUCUGUGACAGCCUGCGCACCCAGCCUUUUCAGGCCCAGCCACCCCAACAGAAAGCUGCUGUCCUCGCCUUCCUUGUGCAUGAGCUCAAUGGCUCCACCCUCAUUAUCAAUGAGAUUGACAAGACCCUGGAGAGUAUGUCCAGCUACAGGAAAAACAAGUGGAUUGUUGAAGGCCGGCUGCGGAGACUAAAAACUGCACUGGCCAAGCGAACUGGGAGGACUGAGGCAGAAAUGCAGGGGCCAGAGGAAGGCCUGGGGCGGAGGCGCAGCUCUCGGAUCAUGGAGGAGACUAGCGGCAUGGAAGAGGAAGAAGAGGAGGAGAGUACAGCAGCUGUCCAUGGCCGUAGGGGUCGAAGAGAUGGAGAGAUUGAUGUCACAGCAUCUAGCAUCCCAGAGCUAGAACGCCAGAUAGAAAAGCUCAGCAAGCGUCAGCUCUUCUUUCGCAAAAAGCUGCUGCACUCAUCCCAGAUGCUUCGGGCAUUCUCUUUGGGUCAGGACCGCUACAGACGCCGCUACUGGGUGUUGCCCUAUUUGGCUGGUAUCUUUGUGGAAGGAACAGAGGGAAGCUUAGUUCCUGAGGAUAUGAUAAAGCAGGAAACUGACUCCUUGAAAGUGGCAGCCCAUUCUGCACCCAGCCCAGCCCCCUUUUCUCUGAAGAGGGAAUUAGCUGGCUCCAGCACCUCUGCCAGUUCUCCUGCCCGGGCCCGAGGCCGACCUCGGAAAACUAAGCCUGGGUCUGUGCAACCUAGGCACCUUAAAUCCCCUGUCAGGGGUCAGGGUUCAGAAGAGCCCCAAGCCCAGCUUCAGCCUGAUACUCAGCUGCACCCUCAGCCUCAGGCUUAUGCCCAGCCCCAGCUUCAGUCCCAUCCUCCAACCCAUAAUGGAUUCCUGGAGCCAGAAGGCUCCUUUUUAUCUCUGGGUCAGAGCCAGCAUGACCUCAGCCAGUCAGCCUUCCUGUCUUGGCUGAGCCAGACUCAGAGCCACGGCUCCCUGCUGAGCAGCUCAGUCCUCACACCUGAUAGCAGCCCUGGAAAACUGGAUCUGACCUCAUCACAUCCCCCGGAGGAGCCAGAGCCUGAAGAGGCAGUAUCCAACCCUGAUUCUCAAGCUCCCUGGUUUAACUUCUCAGCCCAUAUGCCCUGCAAUGCCGCCCCUACACCACCCCCUGCAGUUUCUGAGGACCAGCCCACUCCUUCCCCUCAGCUACCUGUCUCCUCCAAACCAGUGAAUAGAUCCAGUGCUGCCAAUUCCUGUUCUCCAGUGCAGCUCUCUUCCACUCCCUUGCCUGGGGUGGCUCUUAAGAGGCGAGCAGGAGACCCUGGUGAAACACCACAGAGUCCCACAGGGCUGGGGCAGCCAAAACGGAGAGGGAGACCCCCAAGUAAGUUCUUCAAACAGAUGGAGCAGCGUUACCUAAACCAGCUGACAGCCCAGCCUGUUCCCCCUGAUAUGUGCUCAGGCUGGUGGUGGAUCCGAGAUCCUGAGACGUUGGAUGCCAUGCUCAAGGCCCUGCACCCCCGAGGCAUCCGAGAGAAGGCACUUCACAAACACCUAAAUAAGCACAGGGACUUCUUAAAGGAAGUCUGCCUGCGGGCCUCAAUGGACUCCAUCUUUGAGCCCAGUCAGUUAUCUGCUUUUCAAGAAGGAAUUAUGAGCUGGUCUCCCAAAGAGAAGACAUAUGAGACAGACCUGGCUGUGCUUCAGUGGGUAGAGGAGUUGGAACAGCGGGUUAUCCUGUCUGAUCUGCAGAUCCGGGGCUGGACGUGUCCUAGCCCAGACUCUAUUCGUGAAGACUUGGCCUACUGUGAGCAUCUACCUGACCCCCAGGAAGAUAUCACCUGGAGAGGUCGAGGCAGGGAAGGACUGGCCCCCCAGCGUAAAACUACUAACCCUCUGGACCUGGCUGUGAUGCGACUGGCUGCCCUGGAGCAGAAUGUGGAGCGGCGGUACCUGCGGGAGCCCCUCUGGCCAGCUCAUGAAGUUGUGUUAGAGAAGGCCCUGCUCAGCACACCUAGUGCUGCCCCGCAGUGCGCCACUACAGAGAUAUCGUAUGAGAUCACCCCUCGUAUGCGCACCUGGCGCCAGACGCUUGAGCGGUGCAGGAGUGCUGCCCAGGUGUGCUUGUGCCUGGGCCAGCUGGAGAGGUCCAUUGCCUGGGAGAAGUCUGUCAACAAAGUGACCUGUCUAGUCUGCCGGAAAGGUGACAACGAUGAGUUUCUUCUGCUUUGCGAUGGGUGUGACCGUGGCUGCCACAUAUACUGCCAUCGGCCCAAAAUGGAAGCUGUUCCAGAGGGAGAUUGGUUCUGUGCUGUCUGUUUGGCCCAGCAGGUGGAGGGAGAAUUCGCUCAGAAGCCUGGCUUCCCAAAACGAGGCCAGAAGCGGAAAAGUAGUUAUGUGCUGAACUUCCCAGAGAGUGAUGGCCGCCCACGCCGGGUACUGUCAAGGGGCCGAGAAAGCCCAGCAGUACCUCGGUACUUGGAAGAAGGGCUGUCCCCCUCAAAGCGGCGGCGACUCUCCAUGAGGAACCAUCAUAAUGAUCUCACAUUUUGCGAGAUUAUCUUGAUGGAGAUGGAGUCCCAUGACGCAGCCUGGCCUUUUCUGGAGCCCGUGAACCCACGUUUAGUGAGUGGGUAUCGGCGCAUUAUCAAAAACCCUAUGGAUUUUUCCACCAUGCGGGAGCGGCUACUCCGGGGCGGGUACACCAGUUCAGAGGAGUUUGCGGCCGAUGCACUCCUGGUCUUUGACAACUGCCAGACCUUCAAUGAGGAUGACUCUGAAGUGGGCAAAGCUGGGCACAUCAUGCGACGCUUCUUUGAGAGCCGCUGGGAGGAGUUUUAUCAGGGAAAACAGGCAAAUCUGUGAGGCAAGGGUGGUGGGGAGUCACCUGUGGCUUUUCCCCCUGCCCUCCAAACGACAAACCCUGCCAUUCUCACCUGCUGAUGCUGCCCUAGGUUUCGACCUAAGUCAGAGAUACAUCUCUGACAUUUGGCUCUGUCUUGGGCAGCACCCACAUCCUCUUGUCCCUAUACCUCUUCUCCCUUUCCUCCUCUUGCUUGCUCCUCCAAUAAAAGGGGCAGUGAUGAGGUCCUUCUGGACUAAAAGCCAAAAAAAGAAAAAAGAAGAAAAUAAUUUUUCCUUUCUGUUUUAUUUCCUAGUUGAAAAUGAGGAGGAAAGAAGUCCCCACUUCCUCCCCCCAGCUUCCCCUCCUUCCCUGUCCAUGCCCCAGCACUCUGGGGCUAUUUAACAAUAGCAAUAGUUCUAGUGAAUGUGUGAAACCGAGAAACACUCUGUACUGUGUGUGGACCCGCAGUGACGGCCAGUAAAGUGGACUUAAUUCCCAAGUGUGUCGAGCCGGACACCGGGCCCUGAACAUGCUGCUUCCAUGUUCAGUCCCUCCCCUGCUUCUCACUUUCUAUCUCAAUUUUUCACCUUCCCUCCCCACCCCCAUUUGAGAUUUUCUGUCAUCCAGUAAUGUAAAACUAUCGUGUACGGGUUCCUUCAUCCUUUUCCAAGUCUUUUUCCCUUUCAAAGGGAAAAAAGGUUCAGUAGUCCUUGUUUCUGUCUGUCGUCAUCUUCUGCCAAUAGCUUUUCCCUCUGUAAUGUUGGGUACUCCUCACAUGCCGAGUUUCUAGCCUUUUCUGAAACUCGGUAGCUGGGAGAGGGCAGGGAGGCACUGUGGAACCUGGGCCUUGCAGCCUCCUUCCCCCGCCUCUUACCCAAACCUCCCUCUUGGGAACUCCUCAGGGACAACUACUGCUGAGUUUGGGCACACCCCAAGAUGGAGGCCAGAUAGCAAUCGACUGGCCUGAGAGGUGUGUGUGUGCGUGCGAGUGUGUGUGAGAGAAUGUGAGAGUGAGAGAGAGGACACUGUUAAUUGUGCCCCUGUAUUGUUUGAAGGCAUCCAUUCAGUUUCCCCACAUAUCUGUUUUUAUUCCCACUUUUCACAUUAUUUCAAACCAUCAUAUUUUUGUCUUUGGAAAACCACAGGAACAGUUUCUCUGGGUACAAGGCUGUCUCCUCUCUCCCAGUCAUUUCUGUUCCAGCCUCUAAACUGUGCAAUCUUUCAGCAGGAACUCCCUCUCCUUUCAGUAGCUUUGAGUCUUAGCUUUUGCAGGGAGAGGGGUAGAACUGGACCUUUCCUAAUCCCAUGAGCUUCUGUGGGUUUAGUUGUGCUUUCCUUCCCUUACCUACUUCAUACCCCAGGACCCCUUCCCCAGCAGCAGAGACCCUGGAGCACAAGAGAGUAGGGAGGAGGGGUUUGGGGUCCACUACUGCCCUACAUGUGACUAUGCCCAAGCCCCAACAUGUGAGAGGAAAGCUAACUCCCAGCUAUAGCCAUGGGCCCCUGGCCCCCUGCUUUCCUGCUCAGCAGAGCCCCUCCCAUCAGAAAUUACGGGUACUUGCACUGGGGAGGUGGCCGCUGGCUGGCCCAAGCAGAGAGCUAAGGCACCCAGGAAAUGUUCCAUUGGUGUUGUGUGGGGGGGUGCCAGGUGAGGUGGAGCGUUCCUUGUACUUCUGGCAGCACUGAAUAGCCACUGAGGGGGUGGGGGGCAGUGUAGGUCCUAGGGCAGCCCCUUUCUUAUUCCUUUAUGCCCCUUCCCCCUAGCCUAUUUCUAAAGUCGCCUUUUCUGUCAGAUAAACCUCAAAAGUUUUAAUUUUAUUUGAGACUUUCUUUUUGCUUUUAAAUAAGAGGUGGAUUGAAGAAUAUUUGAAUUGACUUUAUAUUAUGCAUAAAUAUUUAUAUUUUAUCUAAAUAACUGCGCUGUAACAAACUUUGUGUUAGUCAAAUGUUUGGAACUGUUGUAGUUGGGGGCUCUUCUUUUUCCCCAUGGCAGUUUUCCCCUGGUAUAAAAUGUACUAGGUUCAUUUUAUUGUUGGAGGCAAGGUGGAUGGGAGUGAAAUCUCAACUGUCCCUACUUUUGUGUUCUCUCCCAGCUCCAUCUCUUUCCCUAGGGACCAGGCACUCGUAAGGUGGGGUGGAGUCCGAGCCUCAGUUUGAAGAAGUGUGGGGCUGAGGGGGGUGGGGUAGGACAUGAUCAAAGGGGCCAUUCUCACUUUUAUUUCCCCAUCUUCACUGCCCCUUGAGCUAGGUGGAUUUUCUUUUCUUCAUAAAUAAGAGUAUUUGGUAGGGAAGGCAGGUUAAAAAAAAGAACCCACCCCCUACCCCUUUGUCUCCCCUCCCCUGUCAGUCUGGUAACAGGAAGAAACCACACCAUCAACACCAACAAGUUUCCGUGUUCCUUUUACAUCAAGAGGGACUUGACUUUUUAUAUAACCAAAUGUGGUGUUUUAGUGACUUUUUGAUAAUGUACAGUUUUUUGUGAAUUUAAAUUUAUUUCUUUCUAUAUUUUUAGGACCAAUCUCAUUUUUAAUAAGGUUUAAAAAAGGGAAAAAAAAGUCUAGAGAAAAACUCCUGUUUUUGCCAUGUGAUGUUCCACAAGUGCAGCUGUAGAAAAGUGCUUGUCAGUUGAAUAAAAACCACAUUUGAUAGAGA